GGCAGGUGAAUUGUUGGUUCAGCACGGUUUUCUCAAGUACCUACACCAUUUCUCUCUCUCUCUCUCUCUCUCUCUCUCUCUCUCUCUCGCUCUCGCUCACACACGCACGCACACACACACACACACACACUUGUUUCUAAGGUUUAGACAAUGAAGUGAUAUGUGGGCUAUGGAAAACGGUGCCGUGGAAAUGGUUGCGGUGAAUGGUCCGGCUAUAGAGAUGCUCUGAAGCAGAAACUUCCUUAAGUAAGGGCCUGCUGAUACUCCACUAUGCCUUAUAUGUGUUCUUAAACAGACACACCCGAGUAUACACAGUUUCCACAGUCCUCAUUGAUGACUUUUGGGGACUAACUGGCGAAUUGCAGGUGGAUGUUCACAGUGACUAAAAUUGGCACUGGAAUAAAUAUUUUAAAAUUAUUAUUUGGCUGGUGUGCUCCAAGCUACAUAACAUCCGUCCAAAAUCUCGACGCCCAGAUUCCAUAAUUUCAACCUCAGGCUGGGUUAUCACUGAACACUGAAUCCGGUGAUUACAGAAAUGCUCAGAAAUGCAGGCUAUUCAAUAGUUAAUCGAUUUAAUUUUUUUUGCUCUGCCUUACUAUCGACUGUGGUAAUUCUUGUCUGUAGCUAAAUAAUUUUGCGCAGUCUACUGUAGGUGGAGAGCCAGCGUAGGUUUUUCCCCCCACACCAGACAGAAUAAGAAGACUAUCGCCAAUUGGAAGGCUCUCCGUCACGUGCCGACUGUCACGUGGUAAUUUUCAAAGGGAGUGAUUUUGGUGUAAAUCUUUUCUAGACUGUAAUUCUAUAAAAUUUUAUUUACGCUUGUUAAAUAUACUCUAAAACGCAAAUUAUGAGUUCCUUGUAUUGUGCUAACACAUUUUGUUCUCAGUACCAAGCCACGAGUCCAAUCUUUGUAAAUGGAGCCUUUCCCGAGCAAACUUCUUGCGUCUUGGCGUCUAGUUUACAGCGGACCAGCGCCAAUAGCACGAGCACUGCACCGUUUUUCACUCUCACUCCCUCGUCCUCAGCCCCUCUACCGGGCAUGGACAAUAACAAUGACAGCCUUUCCACCCAGAGCCAGGGUAGGUACUCCUCAACAUAUAACCUGGGAGACAGCAGUUUGGAUAUACACUGCUCGCCCAUACGGAAUCACAGGCUGACCGUUAUGUGUGCCGAUCCUUCCAGCUGUAGCAAGACAAACCAUCGUUACUGCCAUCAACAAAAGGACAACCUCAGGUUAUAUCCGUGGAUGAGAAGUACAGGUGCAGAAAGAAAGCGGGGCCGCCAGACUUACACGCACUAUCAGACUCUGGAGCUCGAGAAGGAAUUCCACUACGACCGCUACCUGACGCGGCGACGGCGCGUGGAGAUAGCCCACGCUCUUCACCUCACCGAAAGACAAAUAAAAAUUUGGUUCCAGAACCGCCGUAUGAAGUGGAAAAAAGAGAACAAGGCAAUGAGCUGUAGGUCUCCCAUUGUAGGACAUCCAGGAGAGGAGGAGGAAGAACAGGCAGGCAGAGAAUAAGAGCAAGGAAGCCUGAUACCACGCACAGCAUCUUUAAUCUCUUAAUACAUUUAAUUUACAAAAUGAAAUUUAUUUACAUGUAAAAGUCCCUCUGUGUGUUACGUAGACCUAUAAAAGCACUAAAUAACCUAUGCAUUCGUUCUUUAAACAUUUUGUUAUAUGAGAAAUACUUAAACGUUGUUCUACUUAAAUGCUUUCGUACUGUUUAAAAUAUUACUUUUGUCAGAAAGUUGUAAUAUUUAAAUUAUUUUUAUAGGCCCACUUCUUGUGCUGUUGCCUGAUUAGAUGUAUAUUCGUGGGUGUGUUGUUGGCUGCCAUAUAAGUUUUUUUUAAAAAAUUACUUUUAUUAAAGAUAUGUACAGUGGACUGUAAGAUUGAUAAUUUUUUAUGUAACAAGAAAAUGUGCCAAUAAAAGUGAAAAAAGAUUUUCCUUUUCAGUUUGUCACCUA